AGGCAGAAGGCUCGAUAUCUGUGUGCAUGUUUGUGCACAGUAAGGCAAGGUAGGCAAGAGUGUGUGUGCUUAGCAGGUGUGGACAGCUACAAGAUACAUCCCACCUCCACCCUGCGGUUUGGUAAAACAUCCGUGUGAGUCAUAUCACACAGUCAGACAAAUACACAGUAUCAGCACACACACACACACACACACACACACACACCCCUUCACAGCUGAGAGCAGCGCCUGUGCGGACUAAUUCUGGAGGGCGUGUUCACUCCGUUUACUCAGCACACAAGCGUCGACGUACACAGACAAACACAUCGCACUGAGAAAAACUUUUCCUGAGAACUUUUCCCCCCCGAUGGAACCAGUGGAAGCUGUCAAAUAAGGCAUGGAAGGAAAGCAGGGAGAAUCCUCACUUGACUUGAGCCACCUGACGGAGGAGGAGCAGACGUCCAUCCUGCAGGUUGUACAGCGUGACUUGGAGUUACGUCGCCGUGAUGAAGGACGUGUAAGCAGAACCCUCGAGCAGAGCGAGACAAACUCAACCCUUCUGCGCUUCCUGUCAGGGGCGUGGUUCAGCGAGGAGUGUAGCAAACGCCAUCGCAACUGGACUUCGGGCUGCGACCUGGUCCACGCCACCAUCCGCCACAGGAAGACAAAGAGCAGAGAUGUGCCUCUGAAUGGACUUUUCAACAUAGAGCGAGAGGACAACAACAACACUUUACUCGAGACUGAAGGAAGUGUGAAGGACAGCAACCAGGAAGAGACUGAUGGGACUCAGAGUUUGAAGCCGGUACCCACAUCCACAGUAGAUGGACCCGUGUCACAGGGUCUCCAGCACAGUAACAGCUCCUCAUCAUCCAAAGAAUGUGAAACCAGAAGUAACGGCCACUCGGAGGAACCUGAGGAAGACUUGAUUGACAACUGUAAUGGGGACACUGACUCGCUGAGCAGCCUGACAGAGACGGAUCCUUCUCUGAGAAUUAGCAGCUCCACCAACAGUCUUCAUUCUGGCUACGUGCUCAGCGGUAGCAUGAUGAGUCUGUUCAGCUCGGGGGACUUCGGAGUGGUGGAGGUGAGGGGCCGUAUCCAGUACUCAUUGGCUUACAACAGCCAGAGGGAGGAGCUGCAGGUCAAAGUGUAUCGUUGUGAGGACAUUGCUGCAGCACGCAAGAACCGGUCUGACCCAUAUGUAAAAACCUACCUCUUGCCGGACAAGUCAAAUCACAGUAAGAAGAAGACUUCAGUGAAGAAGAAGACCCUAAACCCAGUUUAUGAUCAGACACUCAGAUAUAAGGUGCGGAUCGGGGAGCUGCGGAGUCGGACCCUGAACCUCUCUGUGUGGCAUGCCGAGCCCCUGGGGAGGAACGUAUUUCUCGGGGAGGUGGAGGUGACUCUGGCGCUCUGGGAUUGGACCUGCACACAGCCUCUGUGGCAGGACUUGCAGCCACGGGUUUAUCUGAGCCCAGACUCCAUUAGCAGUCGUGGGAACAUCAUGUUCUCUAUUAAAUACAUCCCAGAAGGAUAUGAAGGUGGCGGUUUGCCUCUGACCGGAGAGGUUCACAUCUGGCUUCGAGAGGCUCAGGGUCUCCUGUCCAACAAAGGAGGUGCUGUAGACUCCUUUGUUAGAAGCUACAUACUCCCAGAUGCAAGUCGUCAAAGUGGUCAGAAGACCCGGGUGGUGAAGCACUCCAUCAGUCCUACCUACAACCACACCAUGGUAUACGACGGCUUCCAUACCAGCGACUUGAGAGAGGCUUGUGCUGAGCUGACAGUGUGGCAACGCGAAGGGUUAAAGACUCAUGUCCUCGGGGGCAUCCGUCUGAGCUGUGGAACUGGUCAGAGUUACGGUGAGGUCGUCAGCUGGAUGGAUUCCACAGAAGAGGAAGUCACUGUGUGGAUGUCCAUGAUUGAGAACCCAAACCACUGGAUUGACGCAACACUACCGAUCAGAACUAACCUCACCCAGCGGUCUGAGUGACUCAGACGUAUCCUGCACUCAAACGGAAUUAUUCGUAUGCACGUUGCUAUUAUGGUCGGACUGAAGGGAAGCCAUCUUCACAUCAGAACAUUUACCUCUCUGUCACAGUGAUGCACAUUUAAACACACAGGUGUUUUUCAUAUGUUCAUACUAUAUACUGUACAUGGCACAGAAACACACAGGGAGGUGUAAGCAGUGGUAUAAUAUUUUGCCUUAAUGGAGUGGAUUGGAUUGGUUUAGUCUGGCUCUAAUCUGGCAAAGAGGCACUUUUUUGUUAUUCAGUGUAGUUUAUGAUGUACAAAUCUAAGUGUUGAGUCAUCAGUGCCCUGGUUUAGUGACUUCUCUGUGAUAUUAAAUGAAGUAAGAAGGGGGGUGGGAGGUCUUUCCUUUUAUUUCAAACUCAGUCUCAGCCCUUUCAGACAAUUAAGAAAAGCCAGGCCUGAUGACUUUCACUGUGAGAAAUUCUCCUCAUUCAGAUAAUUGUAUCUUUUUUUAGGUAUCAUUAUUGUAAAUAAUUUGGAAAGUCCUUGCAGCUGAAUUCACUCAGCUAAUCUCUUUUGACUGAAUAGCUGACUACCAACUUGUGGUCAGACUGUAUACAAAUUCUCGACACAGGGGCGCAGUGACGACUAAGGUCACAGGCAACGAAGAGAGAAGAAAAGGGCUUGUUUCCAUGUUUCCCUAAAAAUAAAUGUUAUUUUUCACAUCAGCUAUUCUUCUUUAUAUUUUUCACCAAGAGACAAGAAAGAAUUUACUACAUGAAUCAUGUUUCAUAACUUGUCCAGCAGAUGGCAAUAUUUACAAUACUUUUUCAAGCUGGAAUAACAGUAAGUGUCUGUGUUUUUUGUCUUAACGUUUGUGAUUUCUGCAUCUCAUCGCAGGUUUUCCUUAAGUUGCACCUUUCUUGUUGACACCAGAUACUGGAAGUCCAGUAUUAUUGGUAUAACGAGGCUGUUUGAAGGCAAUAUUAAUUGUUGAAAAAACGUCUGCAAGACACUGUAAGAAUCAAAUGUUAUUGGUUUCAUAGUUUCCCCUGAAACACUAAGCUCUUGUGGUGAAUUUUUAAAUGUAGGUCAUUCUGUCUUUAUUUAAUUAGAUUUACUAGUUUAUUACUUUUUAUUAUUGCCUUAGAUAGUUAUGUAAUUCUAAUUUUGUGUGCCCUGCAGAUAUUCACCAUUGAGGUUUCUUUCUGAGAACUGCAGUCUGUUUUAUAUCUGCUUCACAACACUGUCUGCUUAAAAUAAUGUAUUAAUAAUCUGCUCCUGUAAACUUUUUGUCAUGAGAAAUUACAGGUUGUCCUUGUUUUC